CCACGCCUUAAAGGGCUCGAAGGCCAGGGGCGCACGGCGGGAGCCACGGUCAUGGAGGGGGCGCUUGCAUCCAACUGGAGCGCCGAGGCGAUCAACGGGAGCGCGGCGCCGCCGGGGGCCCAGGGCAACCGCACCUCCGGGCCGCCACAGCGUAACGAGGCCCUGGCGCGCGUGGAGGUGGCGGUGCUGUGCCUCAUCCUCUUCCUGGCGCUGAGCGGCAACGCGUGCGUCUUGCUUGCAUUGCGCACCACGCGCCACAAGCACUCGCGCCUCUUCUUCUUCAUGAAGCACCUGAGCAUAGCCGACUUGGUGGUGGCGGUAUUCCAGGUGCUGCCGCAACUGCUGUGGGACAUCACCUUCCGCUUCUACGGGCCCGACCUGCUGUGUCGCCUGGUCAAGUACCUGCAGGUGGUGGGCAUGUUCGCCUCCACCUACCUGCUGCUGCUCAUGUCGCUCGACCGCUGCCUGGCCAUCUGCCAGCCUCUGCGCGCGCUGCGCCGCCGCACGGACCGCCUGGCCGUGCUCGCCACGUGGCUGGGCUGCCUGGUGGCCAGCACGCCUCAGGUGCACAUCUUCUCGCUGCGCGAGGUGGCCGACGGCGUCUUCGACUGCUGGGCGGUCUUCAUCCAGCCCUGGGGGCCCAAGGCCUACAUCACGUGGAUCACGCUCGCCGUCUACAUCGUGCCUGUGAUCGUGCUCGCCGCCUGCUACGGCCUCAUCUGCUUCAAGAUCUGGCAGAACUUGCGGCUGAAGACCGCGGCGGCUGCAGCCGAGGCGGCCGCGGGGCCCGAGGGCGCGGCGUCAGGCAGCGAGGGCCGCGCGGCUCUGGCACGCGUCAGCAGCGUCAAGCUCAUCUCCAAGGCCAAGAUUCGCACGGUCAAGAUGACCUUCAUCAUCGUGCUGGCCUUCAUCGUGUGCUGGACCCCAUUCUUCUUCGUGCAGAUGUGGAGCGUCUGGGACGCCGAUGCACCCAAGGAAGCCUCAGCGUUCAUCAUUGCCAUGCUCCUGGCCAGCCUCAACAGCUGCUGCAACCCCUGGAUCUACAUGCUCUUCACCGGCCACCUCUUCCACGAACUCGUCCAGCGCUUCCUCUGCUGCUCCUCCAGCCGCCUGAAGGGCGGCCGCCCUGGAGAGACGAGCGUCAGCAAAAAGAGCAACUCAUCCACCUUUGUUCUGAGCGGGCACAGCUCCAGCCAGAGAAGCGGCUCGCAGCUGCCCACCGUGUGACCAACCGGCGGGGUCAGGACCGCCCCCCUUGGCUUGGGUUGUGCGACAGGGACAGUCUGGCCCUUGGUGGCUGCACACGUGUGUAUAUAAGGUAUCUUUCAGUUUGGACCCCUCCACACCCUGGUGGAGCUGGAGUAGGGUGGGGCAUUGGGACCUGCAGUGGGGAAGCCGUCUCACGGGGGAAGAUGAUAGGGCGGCUCAGUUGUCAGACAAGCCCUGGAGCCCCCCUGGGCUCCCACGGUACUGCUGCUACCCUGACCCCACUGCUACCCCUGGCUACUGAAUGGGCUUUUUUUUCCCCUGGACCUGUGAUUUCACCCCAGUAUCCUUUCACUCCUUUAUCCUGGGAUCACGUGAAAGGUGGUAUGUAUAGGAUUGGUGACCAAAUGGGUGUGGAAGCCUGGCAUUCUGAGCUUGGGGUAAGGGGUGGGAAUGGGAGCUCGGAUGGAGGGUGGUGCUCACAUCCCCCCUGGCCUCAGAGUCCUUUAGCCUUCGAGUGGGAAGGUGCUAGCAUCCUUGAGCGCCAGCUUGCCAGAAGGUGGCCCUAGGAGCCAGGGAUUCUCUUGAGAGAACGUUCAGCACAGACAGUCAAUUAAAACUUGGGUUAAAAAUAUUUAAGACCGGGUGGUGUAUAUAGCUCAGUGGUAGAGUGUGUGCUUAGCAUGCACGAGGACCUGGGUUCAACCCUCAUUACCUCCGUUACAAAAAAUAAAAGUAAAAAAAUGUUUUAAGAAGCUACUACUUAAGAAACCAUGGUGAAAGAAAAAUAAAAGUCAUCCAAAUUGGAAAAGAAGUACAUAGAAGAUUCUAAGGAAUUCAUACACAGAGAUGCUCACGCAAACCCAUUACAACUAACACAUAAUUGCAGGUUGCAGAGUACUAGGUCAAGACAAAAAUCAGUUGUUUUUCUUUACACUAGCUAUGACCAGUAUGAAAAUGAAAUUAAGAAAUAAUUCCAUUUAUCAUAAUGUCAGAAAGAAUAGAAAUAAAUUUAAUGAAAGAAAUGCCAGACUUAUACUCUGAAAACUACAAAAUAUCAUUGAGAGAAAUAGAAGUCUUAAAUGGAAAGACAUCCUGGGUUCAUGGAUCAGAGACUUAAAUAUUGUUAAGGUAACAGUACUCUCCAAAUUGAUCUAUGGAUUCAGUGAAAUCCCUAUCAAAAUCCUAGCUGGCUUUAUACAAAUUAAUAAGCUGAUUCUAAAAUUCAUAUGGAAAUAUGAAUAGCCACAUAAACCUUGAAAAAGAAGAACAAAGUUGGUAGAGUCACACUUCCUGGUUUCAAGGCUUACUCCAAAGUUACAGUAAUUAAGAGAGUGUGGUGUAGACCAAAGGAUAGACGUAUACACCAGAGGAAUGGAAUAGAGAGUACAGAUAUAAACCAUUACAUCUGUGGCCGACAGACUUUUGACAGGUGUGACAAGAGAAUUCAGUAGGGAAGAUCGUCUCUUUGAUAUAUGGUGCUGGAUAUCCACAUGCAAAAGAAUGCAGUUGGACCCCUACCUCACAUGGUAUGCAAAAGAUAACUUGAAAGUGCGUCAACCUAAAGGUAAGAGCUAAAACUAUAAACAUCUUAGAAGAAAUCAGGGCUAAAUCUUUGUGACCUUGGAUUAGGCAACAGUUUCUUAGAGAUGACACCCAGAACACAAGUAAAGGAAGAAUAGAUCAACUGGACCUCAUCCAAAAGGGGUGCAAAACUUUUGUGCUUCAAAGGGCACUAUUAAGGAAGUGAAAAGAUGGAGGGGGGAGUGCGUAUAGCUCUGUGGUAGAGCACAUGCUUAGCAUGCAUGAGGUCCUGGGUUCAAUCCCCAGGACCUCCAUUAAAAAAAAGAAGAAGAAGAAAGUAAAAAGACAAUUCACAGAAUGAAAGAGAAUAUUUGCCAAUCAUACACUUGUAUCCAGAAUAUAUCAAGAACCCUUACAAUUUAACAAUGCAAAGCCAAAUGACCCAAUUUAAAAAAUGGGUGAAAUAUUCGAAGACACACAUGACUAGAUGUAUUUCCGUAUCUUCUCCAAAGAAACUAUAUGAAUGGCCAAUAAGCACAUGAAAAGACCUUCAGUAUUAUGACUCAUGAGGGAAAUGCAGAUCAAAAGCACAGUGAAAUACCACUGCACACCCACCAAGAUGGUUCUCAUCAAAGAGAUGGGCAAGAACAGGCGGUGGCAGGGACGCAGGGAAACUGGAUUUCUCAGAUACCGCUCGCGGGAAUGCAAAGUGGCACGGCCGCUUUGGAGAACAGUUUGGCAGUUCCUCAGAAAGGGACCCGUAGAACUACCUUAUGAGCCGGAAGUGCUACGCCUAGGCCUUCACCCGAGAGAAGUGAAGUCGCGCACACACACACACUUGUCCACAAGUGUUUAUAGUGCUCUAAUUUAUAAUGGCCCCAAGCAGGAAUAACCAAAUGUCUAUCAGCUGUUGAAUGGGUAAAUACAGUUUGUCUGUAUAAUGGCACAUUAUCCAGCUAGAAAAAGAAACAAAGUACUGACACAGAUCCCAACGUGGAUGAACCCUGAAAACAUCAGGUAAAGUGAAAGGCGCCAUUGCAAAAAGCCACAUAGGUGGUUCCAUUCACAUAGGUGAAGUGUCCGCAAAGCCUACGGAGACAAACUAUAGAACAGUGGUUGCCAGGGGCUGGAGGCUCGCGUGGAUGGGGAGUGACUACUAAGAUACAGGGCUUUUUUGGAGAUGAUGAAAAUUUUCUGGAAUUAAUGAUGUGCACGAUUUUGAGACUGCUAAAAACUACUGAAUUAAAUACUUUAAAAAUUAAAAAAAAAAUCUUUACCAGCUGGAUUCAGAGGCAGCCAGCUUGAAGGAUGAAUUCCUUGAAAUCUCUUACCUCCCAGAAUUUUUGUUUCCAUGUGACUAACCAUUUCAGAAGAACCCAUGGUUUUCAUUCUUAGUUUUUUCCUGCAAGAGGUGGUAUUUCCUGUUUGCCCCAAAGCACCAGCAGUGAUGUUGCCUGCGACCUGCUCUAGGGAAGGCCGAAGUGAUGCCUUGUAGCUGUGGACUGCUGUGUUUUAUUCAGAAGAGCAUCACCGAGGGUCUCAGGUUUUACUUAAUCUGGUAAACAGGUUCUCAAAUGUCCUCUCAGUCUUGAGCUGCAAAGUGACCAUGUCCAAGAAAUACCUUGAGUCAUCAAAUACAGGACAUUAUAGGAGGUUUCUCGACUGAAACUGGCCAGCUCAAUGGUGUUCUGGAGCACUUUUUUUUUUAUAAUUUUCACACAUAUUUUUGGGCUCACUGUGGCACAGCAGGAGCACUUCCCAAAGCCACAGAUCUCUCUCCAUGAACACUUCCCCUUCUCCCUCCACACUGCAUUAUACACACACGUUCGCACAUGUACAUGCACAGCAGAAAGAGCUAGCAGGGCCCUCUUGCUAAGAAGAGAGGCGUACACUGAAAUGCCGGUUUUCAGAACCCCAGCGUUUAGUACAGGAUCUUCAGUGCUAACUGGGGACUGAAGACAGUGUCAUCUUUGGACCGAAAUGCGUUGUGCUGUUGCUGUCACCAGCCAGUCCUGGCUUUUUGGGAAACUGACAGGAUGCUGGUUUGGGGUCUCAGUGCCCAUGUCCAGGACCCAAGUGCACCCUGGAUGCAAAUGCAGCGAUGCUUGGGUCUGUGGGCAUCUGAGCCUCUCUGCUCACCAGCCAAAGAUGCCCGGUCUCUGCUGUCCCCGGGGAAGGUGCGAUCCUAGCAGCCACCAGAGGCCACUGGGGAUCAAAGAGACCAUUGCUCAGUAGAUUUUCCUGACCACGGACACAAUCUUGCCGAGAACGCUGGAACUGCAAGGUUCUUCGGACCAGAACCAACUGGGAUGCUUUUCUCAUUCUCCUGCUGUGAAAGCUCUGGAUGGGACCUUGAUUCUCACGAUGACACAGGGGGUUUGCUUUAUAGAAAAUCAGUGACAUUUGCUUUCAGCCGCACCACUGGCUACAUGCCCCUUCCCUCACAGUCUCAUUCUGGAGAGUAUUUUGUCAUCUCUUUCUCCUUCCCUAAGUCGAGCCUGGAAAAACGACGGCAGGGGCCAGGACGCUGCCUCAGGCUUAGUGGUCUCUGUCCUCCUCCUCCAGACCCCGCGCCUGAGGUCUUCCAAUCACCUUUGCCUGCAGUUUCAGACCUGUUUAUAAACCUAACGUGUGGCUGGAGGGACCAAUACAUUGGAGUGUGCAGAUUUUCUUCUGCAAUGUUUGUCCUGAUGGUCCAAAGUGAAGUGCGAACACUGGCAGACCCUGAGCCUUAUUACUUCUUUAGGCCCUGAAAAAAAAUCUGCCGCAACAUUUGGUCUCCUUUUGGGGUGGGUCUGCGGGUUGUGUCUGCGGGAGGCUGCCCUUUACGAAGAUCCUAGUCUCAAAGCACUUAACCUUUUGUACUUAAUUGUCAUGAAAUGCCACUAAAUGCAAAAUGUGAAUUCCUCAGUUUUGUUCUACUUGGUGGCUUUCUGUGGUACCUCCUGUCUGUGCCAGUUGGUGAAUAAUGUGCCCAAUAAUGAGAUGCCUGCAUCAUUAGCUGCUUUAUAAAAG